AUGAUAAUAAACGAGCUAAAGUCGGUCUUGUUCCGUUCUACCUUUCCGAGCAAUCCUAUUUCGGUUGUGUCGAUAUUCACUGGAAUUGUGGUAGACAAGGCUGUAGUGCUUCUAACCCAUGUGCAACCGGUUGCUGCUCAAUUCAUGGUUACUGCGGUACCGGUGACGACUACUGCGGAGACAAAACCUGUGUUGCGAACUGUGACUAUGUCGCCUCGACGGAAUGUGAUGAAAACAAACCUUGUGCCUUGGGGUGCUGUUCCAAGUUCGGAGUCUGUGGCAUGGGCCCUGAUUGUAAGGAUUUCCGUGAUGUGCGAUAUCUACCUACCCAUAACUUCCGCUUAUCAUUUUGCUGCAUUAGACUGUGGCGAGGACAACUGUGUCUCUUCUUGUGACCAAAAGGGAGAAUGCGAUCCUGGUGACUGGGGGUCUGACUACGUCAAUGCAACAACCUGCCCUUUGAAUGUGUGUUGCAGUAAGUACGGUUUCUGUGGUACGACAGAAGAGUUCUGCGGCACCAAAACAGUGAAGAGACCCAGCUGCAAUUCCAGUCGAUCCCCACAACGAGUCGUGGGCUAUUAUGAAGGGUGGGCACCCACAAGGCCCUGCAAGGCCUUUUGGCCGGAAAUGAUUCCACCAAAUGUGUAUACUCACCUCAACUAUGCCUUUGCUACAAUUGACCCAGAAACCUUCGAAGUCCUAUCGCCGAACUUGGAUGAAGCGGACCUCAUGAAGCGCUUGACUGGCCUGAAAGACAACGAUAACACCCUGAAGGUCAAUAUCGCGAUUGGUGGAUGGAGCUUUAACGAUCCGGGCCCGACAGCAAGCAUUUUCUCCGACUUGUCUGCUUCAGAUAAGAAGCAGAAGAAAUUCUUCAAAUCUCUCAUCUCUUUCAUGUCCACCUAUAACUUUGAUGGCGUCGACAUUGAUUGGGAGUAUCCAGCAGCAGAUGAUCGCAAUGGCCGCCCGGAAGACUUUCAUAACUUCCCUAAGUUCAUGGCAAAUCUUAAAAAGGCACUACAAUCAACCGGUGGUCGGGAUGGAUUGAGUCUCACCUUGCCAACUUCCUAUUGGUAUCUCCAGCACUUCGACAUUAAGUCUCUUGCAAAGCAUGUCGACUAUUUCAACUACAUGUCUUAUGACUUGCAUGGGGAGUGGGACAAGGUUGACGAUCAAGUGACAGGCAACAAAUGGACCGGUGCUUUCCUGGAUGGCCACACGAACUUGACAGAAAUACGAGAUGUAAUGGAUCUGCUCUGGCGAAAUGAUAUCAGCCCCGAUCAAGUCGUUCUGGGACUGGCAUUCUACGCACGCGGCUUCACAGUGCGGGAUACCAAUUGCAAUGGACAGACGGGUGUGCUUCUCAACGGAGAAAUUGAUGAUAUUCGAGCGGAGCGCGGGAUCAAACCAACAUUGGACAAAGAGGCCGCCGUUCAGAUCCUUACAUGGGAUGACCAAUGGGUUGCCUAUGAUGACGCGGAGACAUUCAAGAUCAAAACUGACUUUGUCAAGGAGACAUGUCUAGGUGGUGUCAUGGUUUGGGCUGUGAGCCAUGACACUACUAAUGGAACCUACACCGAUAUGCUUUCGGGGAUGGCUCCGAUCAACUACCAGCCGCAUAUUCUAUUAGAAACCGGUGCCGUGAUCACCGACAGCGGGCUCAACCUCGUUAAAAAUGAGAGAAACAGGCAAUGCAAAUGGACGGGCUGUGGGGAGACCUGCCCAAGUUCCUACGUCAUUGUCAAUCGAAACGAUGCCGGUGCUCGACAUGGCGAGAUAAUGUUUGAAUCUAUCACUUGCCCAAAAGGGCAAGGACAUACCUUGUGUUGCCCUCGGGACCAUGGUGUCGUGUGUGGAUGGUACGGACACAACAAUGGCAAAUGCGAUUCGAAGUGCCUUGAUGACAUGUUCGAGAUCGGGUCGAUUAGAGAAGGUCUAUGUAACACCGAUGGAUACCAGCCCGCUUGUUGCACCAAAGGAAAAGACGCCGUCACUCUAUACAAUCAGCUUGAAUGGUCUACCGCCCCCGAGUGUGACGAUGGAGAGUGCCCUGCUUGGAGCGGCUACGGCAAGAAAAACAAAAUUCUGGGAAGUUCUUCAACUGGAAGUGGCGACGUUGUUUGCAUUGCUCGCGAAGUUACGCAUCUCUAUGAAAUGGUCUACACCCAACGCAAGCUUUGUUAUGAUGAUAGUGUCUCUGGAAAGAAGUGGGAGAAUUGUCAAUGGUACAACAAUCUCGGGCCGCGACCAAAAGGCUCGGACGACAGUUAUUGCACCUCUACCUGCCCAUCCGGUAUGGUUAGAGUGGCGAUGGAUGGACUCAGUCAUCACGAUUGCAAAAACGGCGGUUGGCAAUCGUUAUGCUGCGACGACAAUUAUGUGACUCAAAAGACGUACACGAACCCCGCACCAAAGAAGUUUCAAGAUGCGCUGAAGUCGUAUCUCGUCGCCGGAUCAUGUCCGGUCGCCCCCGGAACAGGCCUCGUCGUCACGCGAGACAUUCUGGGUACAUAUUGGGAUGGCGAUGGUCCGGAUAGUAAGCUCGAGCAGCGUGCUAAGUCGGAUAAUGAGCUCGCUCUUCAGGCAAAGGCUUUCGUCCUUCCGCUCUUGGGAAUGGUCCUGACUGCAAAGACGUACUCCGCAGUUCAAGAAAGUUAUGUCAACUCAUGGGAUGACUGGGUGAAAUCCAAAGGCUGGUCGGGACUUGUCAUGACAACCCUGAAGCCGUAUUUUCAAGGCUUGAGCGAGGUAUUCGAGCUUGGCAUCGAUGCUGUUUCUGAAAGCAUCAUGUCAUAUGCGCCGGGGAUCCCUGUGAUGCUGAUGCCGACCCUGAGUUAUGCUCUGGUGACAAUGAAUCUGGGGGGGUCCUCGCUCGCACGCCGCAACUUCUACAGUCUUGACUCAAACGAACAAGGCGUGCUGGACCAAAGCAAUGGCAAAACAUAUAAAGUUUGGUCCGCUGCUGAUGAAGAUUGGAUCUCGAAUUUGAAGUACUACCCUUUCCAUUAUCCCGCGGCUGGAGAUUGGACUGCACAAGAUACACCCUAUAAGAGGGCACGCAGCUAUCAAAACCCUAAUGAUUGCGCGAAUCCCCACAUCUUUCCACGACUCAAACAGACCGGCGACGCCUUUGCUACGGAACACAUCUUCGAACUUCAAAACAUUGCCCACUUCAUAGAGUAUUCGACGAACGGGAAGCUGGUGUCUGGGAAUACGCCAAACUUUGAGGCCAUUGAUGCUUCGUUCUUUCUUACUGUGGAAAUGGGUGGGUUGGCAAAGGAUGGAUUCUGGUCGGAUGGAUUCUUUGUUCGCAACACAGCUUUGUUCCACCAUGAUCCAGGGAAAGAUAUUAGCUCCAGGGCAGUUGUCAGACUGAUGGGAGCUCUAGGGAGCAAAACAUAUAAGGACAACUUUUACCUCCUUGAGGAUGUGGUUAACGGCAUGAAAGCUCGGAUCUUUGGAAAUGUUAAUCUUGUCGAACCGAGAAAGUGGCAGAACUUCAUGAGAGACACCACCCUGCCUGGGAUACCUCUGAAAUCCAUCAAAGCAGCAAUUGCUGUCUGGCAUUAUCUUACCGACCAGGAGGUCGAGAACUCAUGGAAACUAAUUGUUGGCAACCUGCGCGAUAUCUUUGAAAAGAUGGAUGGAGUAUACAAUAAUGGAUCGGACCUUCUUGUCCCCGCGUGGGAGGAAUGGUGGUGCGACUGGGUUAACUAUCAAUUCGACCGCUCAGAGAAAUGGAUCGCCGAUGGGAUUGCAGGAAUGAGAACGGUCUGGAACGCUGAGCCAAACACACAUCCGUGGAAAACAACGGUCCUAGAUGCUUUGGCAGAAUUGGAAAAGAAGGCAAGCGAAAUCCUGGACGAGUUUGACCCUGCUAUUUUUGGAAACUGUUCCUGA